CCCCACUACCUUUACUUUAAGAGCUGCCCGAGACUGGAUCGUGAGUAGUUCUAUGUAGUGUUCAAUACAGACAGGUAAAACUAGGUGUGGAGAGGGUAACUUUUCAUGAGGAGAAACACCCUCACAUAUGCCGUCACAUGCUGAUACACAUGUUCAUAUUCAAAAAUGUUAAACAGCCGUUAAAGUGUAUUUACAUAUCACGCGAGAAAAACAUAUAAUAUGAAAGAACGAUGAAUAAAACUUCGCAUUUCUUGAGCCGCGGUUUCACUCUAUGAAUUGAAGCAUCAGUAUUUGACGUUCCAUUAGAUAGGUUCGCGACUUCGUACCGCUUAGGUUAUUUUUUUAAAUGGAAGAGGUCGCAAGUCGCUCUCUAGAUUUACGUCUAGACGGUAAUGAUCAAAUCAUCGAGAUAGAUGAUGAGAACUCGUGUGGAAACGACAAUGAUACCGAGUGCGAACGGGAAAUCCCGUACGGGGAGUGUACACCGCGGCAGGCAUCGAGUAGACACAUGGACAACUCAAUUUUUAAUACAAUUUCUAAAAUUGUUAACCCCACGGCAAAGGUACCAGAAAUCCAAGAUUUCAAAAUUGUGAAACCUAUAAGCCGUGGUGCAUUUGGCAAAGUAUUCCUUGGAUACAAGAAGUCCAAUCCUGAGAAGUUGUAUGCGAUUAAAGUAAUGAAGAAAAAUGAAAUGAUAAACAAGAAUAUGGCCUCACAAGUUAUAAUUGAGCGGAAUGCAUUGGCUUUAACUCAUAGUCCUUAUUGCGUACAAUUAUUUUAUUCGCUGCAGUCCCUGAGCAGUGUUUACUUAGUAAUGGAAUAUAUGGUGGGUGGAGAUCUUAAGAGCUUGCUGGGUGUAUAUGGGUACAUGGAAGAGUCCAUGGCAGCUUUUUAUACUGCAGAAGUAUGUCUCGCGUUGGAAUAUCUUCACUCUCACGGAAUUGUACAUAGAGAUUUAAAACCAGAUAAUAUGCUUCUGUCACGAGAGGGACAUGUUAAACUUACAGAUUUUGGGCUUAGUAAAAUAUCCUUGCAUAGGGAUUUAGAAAUAUCUGAUUUAGUUAAUUGUACACCUAGUCUCUGUAUUAGAACACCAGGACAGCUUCUGUCAUUAACGUCGCAUUUGUCUUUUGGCUCUGGACAGAGAUCCACUAGCGACUCCAAUCUCAGUGAUGGAAGCACGCCCGGUGUUAACUUACUGCCUGCAUUACAACGGAAGUGUACUAAAUUUCCGUCGUCGCCAUGCUCUGUCGUUUCCUCUGCUGCAUCGGAAGAUUAUUCUCGAGUAUCUGGUGUUACUCCCUUUCAAUCAGCCGAGGAUCUCCGAUUAGGGGAACGUUUUAGAGAGAAUAUUAUAAUUGAAGGCAAUAAUGACGAAGAGACUGAAGAGAGUAGCUCUGGAAGUUAUCACACGUGCGAAGCAUCUUCUAUUCGCGCUAAUAGUGGAUUGAAUCAAAACGUGGACGACGAAGAUGAGUCUACGCUGGAAGCAGAACGCUCUGAACGUACUUUUUUCCAUACUAGCCCUUUGAGCACAUGUGUUAACACGGUCGCAAGAGGUUCUAAAAGGAAGAGGGCUCCAGCACUAGGUACAACGGGCUUAACGUGUGAGAUAAAUGCAAUGGAUUUAGAAGUAGACAAAACACCAAAACGGAAGAACCGUGGCUGCAUAUUUUCUAGGAGUCCUAUGAACUCCACCAUUUCAGAAUCAUUGAAAGAAUCAGACAAUGCUAAUAGCGUAACCGGAGGACAAGAAAAAGGAUCAGGUGGGAGGGUCGCCUUCAGUACACCAGUGUCAUUCACGAAACAAAAAGAAAGGGCUAUUCAAAAAAGUAACAAUGAGGAAGAAGAGGAGAAAGAUGGUGUAGAAACAGUACCAUUGGUUAAGACUACAAGGUUUCAACUUCCACCACCUAUGUCAGCACACUCAGCUACCAAUAUACCAAUAGAUACGUCGGAGCAACACCGCUCUCCUCAAGGUAUAUCUCCUAUCAAGACCCCGGCAAGUUCAGGCAAUUGCUACACACCUUAUAGAACACCAAAGUCUGUUAGAAGAGGCCAGGUUGGCGUCAACAGGUCAGACGACCGUAUACUUGGAACGCCGGAUUAUUUAGCUCCGGAGCUACUUUUGAAACAAGGUCAUGGUCCUGCGGUGGAUUGGUGGGCUUUAGGUGUUUGUCUUUUUGAAUUCUGUACCGGUGUCCCGCCGUUCAACGAUGAAACACCACAAGCAGUGUUCGCCAAUAUUUUAGCCAAAGACAUUCCAUGGCCGGAGGACAACGAAGCUCUGUCGACAGAAGCCACAGAGGCCAUCGAUGCACUUCUAACUCUAGACCAACACGAGCGCCCUUCUGCGAAGGAAGUGCGGACUAUGAAUCUUUUCCAAGAUUUCCCUUGGAACGAUUCGCUUAAAACCGUUCCACCAUUUGUUCCUCAACCUGAUGACAACUACGACACAUGUUAUUUUCAAGCACGGAACAUAAUGCAACACUUGAACGUGAGCAACUGUGACACGUGAUCAUUAGGAAAACUGUUUUUUGCGCUACCUGGUCUAUCAUGGGAGUAGACGUCAUUAACACAAAGAUUGUUACAACG